GGGUGAGUCUGGAAGGGGGCGCGAGGGAGCACGCCCUGGAGAUCAUCGGGAAGGAUGCAGCUGGCGGAACUGCCCUUUGCAGGAGGUGGUUAGAAGCCCCCACACUGCCUUGUGACUGAUCGAUGCCGGAUGGGGAGACUGAGGCCCAACAUGACUAAAUGACUUGCACUUGAGUCGACGCAGGAUUCACCCCCAGGUCUGUCUGACCACCCAGGUUAUUUUGGAAAGGCAGGCCAGCUGUCAAGAACAUGCCUCUGUGCCAGUGGAGGACCACCACCAGGGGCAGGAAGCCCAAUGGGGACGGAGCUCAGCCCAUGGCCACCAGAGAAGGCCUGAAAGUACUUCUGCACUGGGCUGGCCCCAGUGGCGGGGAGCCCUGGGUCACCUUCACUGAGCCCACACUGACCGCGGAGGAUGUCUGCAUCCACAUCGCACACAAAGUUGGCAUCACUCCACCCUGCUUCAAUCUUUUUGCCCUCUUCGAUGCCCAGGCCCAGGUCUGGCUGCCUCCAAAUCACAUCCUGGAUACCUCCAGGGACUCCAGCCUGACGCUGUACUUCCGCAUGAGGUUUUAUUUCCGAAACUGGCAUGGCACGAAUCCUCAGGAGCCGGCUGUGUACCGCUGCGGGCCCCCAGGGCCCGAGACUUCCUCAGAACAGGCAGAGCAGGGGGUGCAACUCCUGGACCCUGCCUCCUUUGAGUACCUCUUUGAGCAGGGCAAGCAUGAGUUUGUAAAUGACGUGGCAUCACUAUGCGAGCUAUCCAGCGAGGAGGAGAUCCACCACUUUCAGAAUGAGAGCCUGGGCAUGGCCCUUUUGCACCUCUGCCACCUCGCUCUCCGCAGUGGUGUCCCGCUUGAAAAGGUGGCCAAGAAGACCAGCUUCAAGGAUUGCAUCCCACGCUCCUUCCGGCGGCAGAUCCGGCAGCACAAUGUUCUGACUCGGGUGCGCCAACGGAGCAUCUUCCGAAAGUUCCUGCAGGCCUUCCAGCCGGGCUGCCUCUCCCAGCAGGUCGUCAUGGUGAAGUACCUGGCCACGCUCGAGCGACUGGCACCCCGCUUUGGCACAGAGCGUGUGCCCGUGUGCCACCUGGAGUUGCUGUCCCAGGCUGAGGGGGAGCCCUGCUACCUCCGGGACGGUGGGCAGGCCCCUGCCGAUCCCGGGUCUGAGUCUGCUGCCGGACCCCCCACCCACGAGGUGCUGGUGUCAGGCACGAAAGGCAUCCGAUGGCGGCUGGUAACGGCAGAGGGGCCUGCUGAUGGUGGUGGUGGUGGCGGCAGUACGAUGCCUGAUGCUGACCCAUCUGGGAAGAGAACGAAGGCCAAGGAGGCGGGCGGCGAGCCAGUGGACAGGCCUCGGGAGACCUCCUGGUCCUACUUUUGUGAUUUCCAGGACAUCACCCACAUGGUGCUGAAGGAAUGCCACGUCAGCAUCCAUUGUCAGGACAACAAGUGCCUGGAGCUGACCCUGCCUUCCCGGGCUGCGGCCCUGUCCUUGGUGUCGCUGGUGGAUGGCUACUUUCGCCUGACCGCCGACUCAAACCACUACCUGUGCCACGAGGUGGCUCCUCCACGGCUGGUGAUGAGUAUCCAGGAUGGUAUCCACGGCCCCCUGCUGCGUGGGUCCAGCAGUGCCCCCAGGUGCCGUAAUGGUCCCCCGCUCCCUACCCACCACCCACCUAGGGAUCCAUUCGUCCUGGCCAAGCUGAAGCCUGAGGCUGGCCUCUACCUUAUCCAGUGGAGCACCAGCCACCUCCACCGCCUCAUCCUCACAGUGGCCCAGCGCGACCAGCUGCAGGCUCCCGACACCAAGGGCUUGCGCCUGCGGAAGUUCCCCAUCGAGCUCCGGGCCGGGACAGUCAUGCUGGAGGGCUGGGGCCGGUCUUUCCCCAGCGUGCGGGACCUGCGGGCUGCCCUGCAGGACUGCUCGCUGCGGGCUGGCGACGACUGCUUUUCCCUGCGUCGCUGCUGCCUGCCCCGGCCGGGAGAGAUCUCCAACCUCAUUGUCACACGGGGGCCUCAGGCCAGCACCAGACAGCUCAACCUCAGUCAUCUCAGCUUCUACCGAGUCCGCCAGGAAGACAUCACCCAGCUGUCCCACUUGGGCCAGGGCACAAGGACCAACGUGUAUGAGGGCCUCUUGCGAGUGGGGGGCGGAGACCCCGAGGAGGACAAGGCAGAUGGUGAGGAACCCCCCACGCCCACUGGGGACUGUGGGCAGGAGCUGCGUGUGGUGCUCAAGGUCCUAGACCCCAGUCACCACGACAUCGCCCUGGCCUUCUACGAGACAGCCAGCCUCAUGAGCCAGGUCUCCCACGUGCACCUGGCCUUCGUGCACGGCGUCUUCGUGCACGGCUCUGAGAACAUCAUGGUGACCGAGUAUGUGGAGCACGGGCCCCUGGACGUAUGGCUGCGGCGGGAGAGGGGCCGCGUGCCCCUGGCCUGGAAGUUGGCAGUGGCCCAGCAGCUGGCCAGCGCCCUCAGCUACCUGGAAGACAAAAGCCUGGUUCAUGGCAACGUGUGUGGCCGGAACGUCCUGCUGGCACGGCUGGGGCUGGCGGAGGGCACCAGCCCCUUCAUCAAGCUGAGCGACCCCGGCGUGGGCCUGAGUGCCCUCUCCAGGGAGGAGCGGGUGGAGCGGAUCCCCUGGACAGCCCCCGAGUGCUUAUCUGGUGGAGCCAACAGCCUGAGCACCGCAGCCGACAAGUGGGGCUUUGGUGCUACCCUCCUGGAGAUCUGCUUCGACGGCGAGGCCCCCCUGCAGGGCCGCAGUCCCUCUGAGAAAGAGCGCUUCUACCAGAAGCAGCACAAACUGCCCGAGCCCUCAUGCCCAGAGCUGGCCACGCUCACCAGCCAGUGCCUGACCUACGAGCCAGCCCAGCGGCCAUCCUUCCGCACCAUCCUGCGUGACUUCACUCAGCUACAGCCCCAGAAUCUCGCUGAUGUCUUGUCUGUGAGCCCGGAUUCACUGGCUUCAGAUCCCACGGUUUUCCACAAGCGAUACUUGAAAAAGAUCCGGGAUCUGGGCGAGGGUCACUUCGGAAAGGUCAGCCUGUAUUGCUACGACCCCACCAACGACGGCACUGGUGAGAUGGUAGCCGUGAAGGCUCUCAAGGCAGGCUGCGGUCCCCAGCUCCGGACGGGCUGGAGGCGAGAAAUCGACAUCCUACGGGCGCUCUACCACAAGCACAUCGUCAAGUACAAGGGCUGCUGCGAGGACCAAGGCGAGAAGUCGGUACAGCUGGUCAUGGAAUACAUGCCCCUGGGCAGCCUCCGAGACUACUUGCCCCGGCACAAUGUCGGGCUGGUCCAGCUGCUGCUCUUCUCCCUGCAGAUCUGCGAGGGUAUGGCCUACCUGCAUACACAGCACUACGUGCAUCGAGACCUGGCCGCGCGCAAUGUUCUGCUGGACAACAACAGGCUGGUCAAGAUUGGGGACUUCGGCCUCACCAAGGCCGUGCCCGAAGGCCACGAGUAUUACUGCGUGCGCGAGGAUGGGGACAGUCCUGUGUUCUGGUAUGCCCCGGAGUGCCUGAAGGAGUGUAAGUUCUACUAUGCAUCAGACGUCUGGUCCUUUGGGGUCCUCAUGUAUGAGCUGCUGACCUACUGUGACUCCAGCCAGAGCCCUCCCUCGAAAUUCAUCGAGCUCAUAGGCCUCACCCAAGGGCAGAUGACUGUGCUGAGGCUCAUGGAGCUGCUGGAACGAGGGGAGAGGCUGCCACAACCAGAGAGAUGCCCCUCUGAGAUCUAUUGCCUCAUGAAGGACUGCUGGAAGGCGGAGGCCUCACUCCGCCCGACCUUCCAGAACCUCGUACCCGUCCUCAGAUCAUACCACGAGAAAUACCAAGGCCAGGCCCCCUCGGUGUUCAGUGUCUGCUGAAGCCCACCAGCAGCUCUGUUUGAGGGGAUUGGAGCAGACAGUACCCACUGAGAGCAACUCCUGGUCCUUAACCUAAGUGGAGCUCGAGAUGGGAGGCCAGCCUCACCAGCUCCCUGUGCCUUACCCCUAUCGGGAGACCCCACCCCAGUGAACGGACUUUCCUAGACUUUCUCCGUUUGGACUGCUAUAACAAAAUACUGCAGACAGAGUAGUUUAUAAACAACAGAAAUUUAUUUCUCAUGGUUCUGGAGGCUAGGCAGUCCAAGAUCAAGGCACCAACAUGGUUGAAUUUUGGUAAAGGCCCUCUUCCUGGUUCAUAGCCUAUGCAUUCUCACUGUGUCCUUGCAAGGUGGAAGGGGGCAAGGCAUCUUUCUGGAGCCUCUUUUAUAAGGGCACUAAUCACAGUCGUGAAGGCACCACCCUCAUGACCUAUGCACUUCCUAAUACCAUCACUGUGUGUGUGUGCACGUGCACACGCAUGCAUGUGUAUGCUCAGUCAUGUCCAACUCCCUGCAGUCCUAUAGACUAGCCCACCAGACUUUUCUGUCAAUGGACUAUUCCAGGCAAGAGUACUGAAUGGGUUGCCAUUUCCUACGCCAGGGUAUCUUCUCGACCCAGGAAUCGAGCCUGCAUCUCCUAUGUCUCCUGCAUUGGCAGGCGGAUUCUUUACCACUGAGCCACCUGGGAAGCCCCAUUUUUGGAAUUUAGAAUUUCCACAUAGGAAUUUUAAAGGAACACAAACAUUCAAAUCAUGGACCCUUCCAAAGUCAUGAGCUUGACACAGACCCCUGAGGGGCCCAGGACAAGCAAGGAGCUGACCAGGCCCUUGAAUUUGAUUCUUUUUUGGCCAUGCCACUCAAAGCAUGUGGGACUUUAGUUCCCCAACCAGGGAUCAAACCCAUGCCUCCUGCAGUGGAAGUGUGGAGUCUCAGCCACUGGACCACCAUGGCAGUCCCGAAGCUGAUCUUUCUGUCCUCCCUAGCUCCUGCCCUUUGAGCCCACUAUCUCCCCUAACAGGGUAUAAACUGGUAUUUCCUCUGCUAGAGCCGUGGUCCCUGGGCCCUUUUUCAGCAAGGAUCUGCUCCCCUGAGGAAUGCAGCUAGGGCCAGACACUCACAGCAGAAGAAGCGAGAUUCAAAUCUUCAGCCUUUGCUCACCUGUAAAUAACCAGCCAGCAAUUAGACCAGUGCCUAGAACACAGAAGGCCCUCAAGAUAUAUGUUAAAUAUAUCAACGAAGGACUGGGGGACCACAUGCCAUGUAGAUAAGAUUGCUAGUUCACCCUUUUCUCACUGUGUGACCUCAGGCACAUGGCUUCCCAUUUUUGAGCCUGAGCUCUCAACUAUAAACUUGGGAUGUUCCUGCUUGCUGCCUCGUUGUUCAGUUACUAUUGUUCAGUUCGACUCUUUGCAACCCCAUGGACUGCAGCAUGCCAGGCUUCCCUGUCUUUUACCAUAUUCCAGAGGUUGCUCAAACAUGUCCAUUGAGUCGGUGAUGCCAUCCAACCAUGUCAUUCUCUGUCACCUCCUUCUCCUCCUGCCUUCAGUCUUUCCCAGCAUCAGGGUCUUUUCCAGUGAGUCAGUUCUUCGCAUCAGGUGGCCAAAGUAUUGGAGCUUCAACAUCAGUUCUUCCAAUGAAUAUUCAGGGUUGAUUUCCUUUAAGGAGCAUGAUGUCCGUGUGAGAGCUGGACCAUAAAGAAAGCUGAGUGCCGAAGAAUUGGUGCUUUUAAAUUGUGCUAGAGAAGACUCUUGAGAGUCCCUUGGACAGUAUGGAGAUCAUGCUGCCUUGUAGGACUAAUGUAAAGAGCUAGUAAGGUCAUCAAAUGCUUAGCAGAGAGAUAUGCAAACG